GCUGUGACUGGCUCCGCUGGAUGGAGAGUUGGGAGGGCGCAUGCGCAGUGACAGCUCUUGCAGCCUCUCAUCCUAAAUGAAGCACAUUUGUUGGCAACUCUUCAUUGAGCCGCCAGCCCACCCAGCCCAGCUCCAGUCUCCUGCACCCCCUCCUCCUGCCCUGGACAUCCUUCUUCCUCCGCCACCAAGGAUGGCAGCACAGCAUCGCCCCCCAGGACACAGCUGAGAGGGGGCACCCAGGGGGGGUCAUCCUGAUGGAUUUGGGUACCUGUGGGCAGUGGUGUGAAGUGCUGCCAGGGCUGCAGAUCUUCAGCACAGAGCCCCCCCUCUGCCCAGGGCUGCUGGCACACUUCAGGGGUUCUGACACCCGGAGGCUCUGAGCACGACACCGGACCCCCCCCCCUUCCUGGAUACCCAUGGGGGGACCUGGCAUGGAAUGCCCACUGCCUGUGGAUUUCUGACCUGGCACUGGGGCACCACAAAGCUCAUCUGACAUUUGGAUUAUAAGAGGCAUCACCAUGGCACUGGAGAAAGUCUACUUUAUCCUAGAAGUUCUCCUGAUUACUAUACUGGUGGUAGAAGGGAUCGCUGUGGCUCAGAGGACACAAGAUGGUGCGGUAAUGGGAGCGAAACACAUCCCUGUGACCCAGUGCGGAAGCUGGGUCAGAACUAGUAAUGGAGGACACUUUGCAUCCCCAAAUUUUCCCAACACUUAUCCUCCGAACAAAGAAUGUGUCUAUAUAUUAGAAGCUGCUCCUCGCCAAAGAAUUGAACUGACCUUUGAUGAGCCCUACCACAUAGAGCCUUCUUUCGAAUGUCGCUUUGAUCACCUAGAAGUACGAGACGGUCCAUUUGGCUUCUCCCCGCUCAUCGAUCGGUACUGCGGGAUUCGGAGUCCCACGGCAAUCAGAUCGACGGGGCGCUUUAUGUGGAUUAAGUUCACCUCCGAUGAAGAGCUGGAAGGCCUGGGGUUCCGAGCGAAAUAUUCCUUCAUCCCAGACCCGGACUUCAGCUAUCUCGGGGGUAUCCUAAGCCCAAUACCAGACUGUCAGUUCGAGUUAUCAGGACCAGAUGGAAUUAUCCGAUCUAGCCAGGUGGAACAGGGGGAUAAACUGAAGGCCGGUCAGGCUGUGGACUGCAUAUGGACUAUAAAGGCAACACCGAAAGCUAAGAUCUAUUUGCGAUUUUUGGACUACCAAAUGGAACAUUCCAAUGAGUGCAAGCGCAACUUUGUGGCGGUCUAUGAUGGAAGCAGCUCCAUAGAGAACCUCAAAGCCAAGUUCUGUAGCACUGUGGCCAAUGACGUCAUGCUGCAGACCGGAACGGGGGUGGUCCGAAUGUGGGCAGAUGAAGGAAGCCGGCUCAGCAGAUUCCGAAUGCUCUUUACAUCAUUUGUGGAACCUCCGUGUGGGGAAAACACCUUCUUCUGUCACAGUAACAUGUGCAUUAACAACUCCCUGGUCUGUAAUGGCAUACAGAACUGUGCCUACCCCUGGGAUGAAAACCACUGCAGAGAAAGAAAAGAAGCUGGACUGUUUGAGCAAAUUACCAAGACCCAUGGGACCAUUAUUGGGAUCACCUCUGGAAUUGUCUUGGUCCUUCUCAUAAUUUCCAUUCUGGUCCAAGUCAAACAGCCCCGUAAAAAGAUCAUGGCCCGCAGCAAGACCACGUUCAACAAGACCGGUUUCCAGGAGGUUUUCGACCCACCUCACUACGAGCUCUUCUCCCUCCGGGACAAAGAGAUUUCCGCCGAUUUAGCCGACUUGUCCGAAGAACUGGAAAACUACCAAAAAACGAGGCGCUCCUCUGCCACGUCUCGGUGUAUUCACGAUCACCACUGCGGUUCCCAAACGGCCACUCUGAAACACAGCAGGACCAACCUGAGCUCCAUGGAACUUCCGUUUCGCAAUGAUUUUGCCCAGCCGCAGCCCAUGAAAACGUUUAACAGUACCUUCAAGAAAAGCACGUACGCGUUCAAACAGUCCCACGACUGUGCCGAAGGCAUGGAAGACCGGGUCAUGGAGGAGAUCCCUUGUGAAAUUUACGCAAGAGGUCGAGAGGAUUGUUCUCAGGGUUCAAUAUCAAUUGACUUUUAACCUCUUCACAGAAUUGGAAAAAAAAUUAAAUAAAAAAAUGAAGGUUUCGUUAAAUAAAAGUGAUCUAUUUUUGAGACAAUCCUCAACAAAAAUGACAGAGUUUUUUUUUUU